GUACAAGCUGCAGUUACGCCCCUUGAUAUAUAGCUACGGCCAGGAUCGGAUUGACCUAAUAGAUUGUAGUACUAGCCAUUCAACUCGCCGUGAUCGCCUGACCAAAAUGUCGUCUGACGAGGAGGACGAUUACCCUACCACCUCGAACGCCGUACCCACUCCGGCCGGUCUCGACUCUCCAGCCCAACCGGCACUACGGAACCUCGAAGCUGAACAAGGGUAUUCGGACGAUGACGAGGAUGACGAGCCGAUCAAUGAUGCUGGCAGGGAAGAUCGGGUGGCUGAUCGGACGGGAGGUGUAGCUCCGGAAGACGUUGACGACGACGAGGCCGAGCAGGAUUCGCCCCCUCGACAACAACGACCAGCAGCCAACAAUGACGACGACGAUGAUGAUGAAGACGAGGACGACGAGGAGAACGAUAGGCGUGCUCCGGAACCUUCACGAACUAAACGAGCUGUGGAACCCGAGGAUGAAGAUGAGGAGGAUGACGAAGAUGAAGAGGAUGAAGAGGACGAAGAUGACGAGGAGGACGAAGAAGAGGAUUCGAGAGGAAAGAAACGAAAACACAAGAAGAGACGUAUGAACCGAUUCAUCGAUAUCGAAGCCGAGGUGGACGAUGAAGAAGAAGACGAAGAUGAGGAGGAAGAUUUCGGUGGAGCUGCCGCCGACUUUAUCGAGGCCGACGAAGGGAACCUCCCGGAGCGCGACUUUGAUGGACGGGCACACCGAGCCUUUGACCGGUUAGAAGCUGAGAAGGGAGGAAUGGACGCCGUCGAGAUCGCUCGAGAAUUGCGUGAACGUUACCGAAACCAACACCGAGAAUACGAUGGUUCUGCCAAUUUCUCGGACCGAAAGGCUAAUAUGCCUACAUCGAACGAUCCUAAGCUAUGGCAAGUCCGCUGUAAGCCUGGACAGGAAAGGACGAUCAUCACGACAAUCUGUUUGAAAGGGUUCGCCGCUCAGAUGGAGGACGGAGAGGACUAUGGCAUCUUUUCGGCGUUCCAGCGGGACAGUCUGCCGGGACACGUCUUUGUCGAAGCCUAUGGUCGAGAUUUCGUCGCAAGGGCCCUGCAAGGGAUCUCGAACGUCUACCUGCAGGCGGGCAAGUCGAACGAGGAGCAAAAGAAUACUAUCCAGUUGAUCGAGAACCGGGAUAUGGUCCCGCUGUUGACGAUGAAGAAGAAGGAGAUUACGCCGAAAAAGGGCAUGUGGGUCCGGGUCAAGCGGGGAAAGUAUACGGGAGACCUCGCACAGGUCCAUCAGAUCGGUAACGACGGACAGGCUGUCGAGGUCUUGCUCGUGCCGCGGAUCGAUUACCACCCGGAACGUACCAAGCAGGGGAAGAAGCGGGGCGCUGGGAAGGCUGCUAACGCGCUUACCAGCCGAGCUCCCGCAGAUUUGUUCAGACCGGAUUCGGUGACCGAGACCUAUGGUCGGGGCAGCUGGACGAAACGAAACGAUUAUUAUCUGUUUCAGGGUGAACAGUACACGAUGAAUGGUCUUCUCGAAAAGGAAUACCCGAUCGCUUCGAUCUUGACGGAGAACAUCAACCCGACGUUGAACGAGAUCAGCAAGUUCCAGGGCGACAACGAAGAUACGACUCGGAUCAACCUGGAUGCGAUCGCCCGGGCUGCCAAGAAGAGCGCAGGGAGCAACAUUCGGCCGGGUGAUCAGGUCGAGGCGUCAGAGGGAGAGUUGAAGGGGCUCAAGGGAGUCGUCGAGACGGUCACGGCCGAGACGGUGACGGUCCGCUUCCCAUCCCGAGAGUUGGACGAUGCAGAGGAUCAACUCAUCGAGAUGGCCGCUAAGAGCGUACGCAAGAUCUUCCGAGUAGGAGAUCACGUGAAGGUGAUGCAGGGUGUCAACGUCAACGACACCGGUAUGGUCCUCGAUAUCGACGAGAACAUUGUCACCUUCUUCUCCGACCUGUCGCAGAAGGAGGUCAAGGCGUUUAGCAAAGACUUGAGAGAGGCCGCGACGAUCGGGGCGUUGAACAACCGAGUGGGAAACUUCGAGCUACACGACCUGGUCACCAUCGACCCGCAGACCGUGGGAGUCAUCUUCCAGACCGAGCGAGACGGGUUCAAGAUUUUGGAUCAGAACGGGUCGAUCCGAUCGAUGCGUCCGCAUCAGAUUACGAAACGACCUGCGACCGAGGCCAAGAGGACCGUCGGCAUGGAUCACAAGGAUCGCGAGUUCCGAAUCGGAGACCAGAUGAAGGAGAUCGACGGAGAGUACCGUAAAGGUCUCGUCCUGCACAUCUACCGGGGAUUGUUCGCCUUCAUGCACAGCCGGGAUGUCAACGAGAACAACGGGGUUUUUGUGAUCCGAAGCAAGAACCUCGGACCGAUCGACGAGCGUACGACGACGACCAAGAGCGGGCCGGAUCUUACCAAACAGGAUCCUCGACUGAACCAGGCCGUACCGUUUUACGCUGGCAACAAUCAGGGUGCAAACCAGCGAUACCUCGUCAACAGUCACGUUGUCGUUGUCAAGGGUACGCAAAAGGGGUUGCAGGGCAUCAUCAAGGAUACGCAGGGUGACAAGGCGAGGGUCGAGUUGAAGACGAACAACAAGGUGGUGACGGUGCCCAUCAAGCACUUGAAGAAGAAGGACCCCUUGACCGGUCUGACAAGCGAAUUAGAGAGGGAGAGGCGAAAGGACGAUAUGGCCAUGGUAGAUCCGUCAACAAACCCAUACAUGGCUACCGCCAAUCCCUACGGUUCUAAUCCUUACAUGGCACCGAAUCCCUUCAACGGUGGUGGUGGCGCUACACCAUUCAAUCCAAUGGGCGGCAAGACUCCGUUCAAUUCUGGAGGCCAGACCUCCAAUCCUUACGCCAUGGGCGCCGCGACGCCGUUCGGAGGAGCAACGCCAUUUGCGGGAGGAAAGACGCCGUUCGAUGGUGGUAAAACGCCAUUCAUGGGAGGCCGAACACCAGCUGCGGCUAUGGGAGGCGCAACACCGUUCGACCGUCCAGGGUAUGGUCAGUAUGGUGGUGGAGCUACUCCUUUCGGUGGUGCACCAGUAUAUGGCGCAUAUGGUGCACCACCGGUCCCAGGAAUCGAUCCGAAAUGGGCCGUCGGUCUAGACCACAUCUUGGUCAAGAUCGGCAACACCCUGCACAACAACCCUUAUGCCGAACAAACAUAUCGAAAAGGGGCUUAUCAGGACAAGCUCUGCGUGCUCGAUUCCAACACCGCCGCAGGCGCACAAUGCCGAGUGACGGCGACGGGGGAGAUGUUGAUCGUGCCAUACGAGUUCCUGCAUCCGACCCCUCCGGAAGCGCCGAACCAGGGCGUGGUCAUCAUCUCGCCACCAGAGAGGGGACGGAGGACGAUGACGCAGCAUGGGGAUCGGAUGACGGGGAUGUGGGAGGUUCAGAGCGCUCCGGGGCGACCUUAUGGACCGGGGCAGUUGUGUCGACAAGUAUAGCAUAGCGUGACACGAGCGGGCGAACUGGAAUGAUCCCGACGCGAUGAAGAGAGACGUGGCGAUACCCUUGGCCACUCCUGUGGAUUGUAUCAUAGCAUCACCGUCCAAUAACCAUGUACGUAGCCAACAUUCAACAGAUCUAUCAGAUCGGAAAGAGGAAAGAUCCGCACAGAUAUUCCACCGCUACAUUGCCG